AAUAGUCCAGGCUAUUAGAUGUUGCUGUUUUAUGCAGUAUAUGAUUAGGAAUAUUAUGAAACAGCUUCACCUGUUUUUCCCAAGUGGCAAGUUUUUUAGAGAAGCAAUUAGAUUAGCAAAUGUGGCAUGCCUAUAAUAUGUAGGACUUUUAUUUCAAGAAUAUCUUGGAAAUGAGGUUUCGCUUGAAAUUGGUUGUUCUGAUCGUUACAUCUUCAAUUGUUUCGACUUUGUUUUUAAAUACCUACAUUUACAAUCAUCACACAAGAAGGAAAACGAAUGAAAUCAGAUUAACACAGCAAGAAAAAGUCCAAUAUCUUGUGCAGGAAAACCAGAUUCGACCCGCUGAAACUCCGAUACCCGAGGUCCCCGUUGAAACUGAACGUCCAAGCUUGAAGACUGUUCUAGACAUUCAAAAAAACUUUGAUCAGGAAAAUGAAAAUGUUGAGAAUAUGACUGACGAACCAACAGAAGAAAAAUUGGUUUCAAUUGACCCGUCAACAAAAGAUCUAUGCCCAAAGUUUCCUACUGAGUUAAUUGGCAAUUUAAAUGUUGAAUCCUCAUUAAAACCUUCACUGGAGGAAUUGGACACCAUAGCUGGUCCAAAUGUUAUGGAUGGUUGUUUUGAACCUACUGGUUGUGAACCUCUACAGAAAGUAGCGAUCGUCAUUCCAUAUAAGAACAGAUACGAACAUAUGCUGACAUUGCUUCACCAUUUACAUCCAAUACUACAGCGCCAAAAGAUUAUGUACUGUGUGUUUCUAGCUGAGCAAUUUGACGACGGAUCAUUUAACAAAGCUCGUGUUAUGAACGCUGCGUUCAUAGAAAUAACAAAGUCCUGGAACCAACAUAGAGAUCAUAAAAACAGACCCUUUGACUGUUUUGUUUUCCAUGACGUGGACAUGUUACUUGAAAAUGAUUUCAACUUGUAUGUAUGCGACAUAAUGCCAAGGCAUCUGUCGCCAGCUAUUGAUAAGUUUAACUACACAACUGGGUAUGGGACCAAAUAUGGCGGCGUUACAGCGAUUAGAAGAGAGCAUUAUAUUCAGGUUAACGGACACAGCAAUAGGUUUUGGGGAUGGGGUGGGGAGGACAAUGAUAUGGAAGAGAGAAUUGCGAGACAGAACUUAACUAUCAAGUCAGCUUAUCCAAGUAUAGGAAAAUAUAAGAUGAUACAACAUGACCAUCCAUGGUGGUUUAAUCCUAUGUCUGGGGUUGGAAGCUCUUACAGGAAAGACUUUCUGAGUAGUGCCAAAGCAAGGGAUGGAACUCAAGAUAAAAGUGGAUUGUCCAACAUGAAAUAUUCCUUGAUUCACGUGGAAAGAAAUCGACUUUGGAAUAAACUUAUUCUUGACAUAAGGUCUUUGGAUUUGGAAAGAAUUAAUGUUCGGUUUUACAAAGGAGAUAGUAUCACAGUUAACAACAAACCAACGUACCAAAGCGAAAUUCCAAACAAAAGUCCUAAAACAUCAGCUAGACACGGCGCUGGUGUUUCUGAACCAUGCAGGCCAACUUAUGCUCAUUUUCCACUGAUGACUGUAAAUAGAACGAUGAGUUUUGAAGACAAAAGAUACACUAAGGUGUUCAAAACAUUGGAAGAAGCCCAAGUUGCUUGCAACGAAAUGCGAACAAGUUGUCAAUCCAUUGUUGAACAAGUUAGAAGCAGAUUCACACUCAGAGCAACUGCCCUGCUGCAUCAGAAUGAUCUGCAUUAUAAGUUGGAUGUUGCGCAACAAGUAGAUGUAUAUGAACAUCAUCAUUCCAUGGCAACUUAUGUUAAAAUAUGUGAGGGCGACCCACAUUACACACAAUUCUUCACUAAUCCUAUUAUUUUACCUGGUGAUACAAUAUCAGGUCCGUCCCCACGUUACAGCACCCAACUUUAUUUUCGUAUAUUUCACCAACCGGAAGCAAAAUAUAUAUUGAGGUCGGAAAUGAUGUCGACACAUAAAGCAGUCAUGUUGGUUAGGGAGUCAAACAAGUUGAUUAAACACCCAUGGUGGGAUUCAUUGGCUAAAAUACAGUAUACAAGAACAAAUUUGGUAAACCUAAGCGAUCCUGAUAUAUUGUUACAACACACCAUUGAAAAGACUGCAACCUCCACUUUGCUGCUUAUUACAACACCAACAAGUGGCUUUCAAAGGAUACCUGGUUGUUAUAUUAUGAAACAAAGCUUGUAUGAUGACAUCACAAAGCAUGUUGUGAUGGAAUGGACAUGGUGGUUCAGGUUAAAAGGUCAAACUGAAGAAAUUGAGAAUAAAUUACUUGAUGAUCAAUUAGAAAAAUCUGUGAAAUCUGGGAAACAAUACGAAAAAAUGAUAAAUGAAAGAAAAAAGGUUUUAGAAAUGUGGGCUCAAAAAAAAUUAGAAGAAAAACGAAAAAAGUUUAUUGAAAAGAGAACAUCUUGAACUAUUUAAAUCAAUUUUAAUUGUUUUAUAUUUAUUUCAAUUACUGUUAGUGAAAUUAUCGAAUUAACGCCAAUUUAAAGUGUUGUAUUUUUAAGCUGUUGUAUUUUUUCAUGCGAAAUAUCGUAAAGUUAUUCAAUGUUUAUCAUAUUUGAUGAAAUACAUCAGGUAUCUUUUUUAA